AUAAUGAUGUCAUUAUUAAUAGCAGGAUUUGUCAUAGGAACAGUUUAUGCUGUUAACCCUGAUGCUGAUAAAGUAGUAUUUCCAGGUUGGGGAGAAUAUAGCUUUAACACUUAUUCAGGAUAUCUUCCAGUUGAUACAGGAUUAAGGUAUGAAGAAUAAUGAUAUAGAUAAUUGCACUAUGUUUUUUUAGAGAGUCAAAGUAAUCCUUCAACUGACCCAGUUGUAUUAUGGUUGAAUGGUGGUCCAGGAUGCUCAUCAUUACUAGGAUUAAAUGAAGAGAUAGGGCCAUUUGUGAUGGUGGAUGAAGAUAGGUAAUUCAAGAAGAAUCCUUAUCCAUGGAAUGCUAGAGCUAAUAUUCUAUUUUUGGAAUCUCCAGCAGGAGUUGGAUUCUCAAUUAAUAAUGAUACCACAUAUUAAUAUAAUGAUGAGAAUUCUGGUUAAGACAAUUACAAAGCAUUAUUGGCUUGGUUUACAGCAUUUUAAUAAUUUCAAAGAAAUAAGUUCUUCAUUGCAGGAGAAUCAUAUGCAGGUAAUUAUAAAUAUCCAUAAAAUAUUAGGAAUGUAUAUUCCAUAUACAUCAAAAGCCAUAGUAAAUGGUAAUAAAUAAGCAUCAUUAAAAAUUCCUUUGGAAGGUAUCUUAAUUGGAAAUGGUUUGUUGGUAUCAAAUUAAUAAAAGAGAUGGUAAGCCUUAUAAGAGUAUUUCUUGAGAAGAAAUUUCCUUGCUCCUACUGCUACAAACACUAUUAGAAAAAUAUGUAGUGUAAAACCAGAUUCCAUAAAAUGUUUGUUAGCCUAAAAUUAAUUUGAAGAAGUUUGUUUAGGAUCUAACAUCAACAUAUAUAAUGUUUAUGGAUAUUGUAAAGAUGAUACAACUCCAGACUUUUUAAAACCUAAAACUAAUUCAGGUAAACAAAUCAGAUAUCCAUAUGUAUCUUGGUAUGAAGGAAAUAACUAUCAAAAAGUUGGGAAUAGUGGUGCACCUUGUACUGAUUUUGGACCAAUUACAGAAUAUUAUAAUAAUGCUUAAGUUUAAGAAGCAUUACACAUAUUAGAAAGACCUUACUUUUGGUCUGCUUGUGAUAUGGAUAUCAAUCAAGUUUAUAACAUUAGUAAAAAUGGAAGUUAUGAAAUACUACCUUUUCUAAGUUAAUCAGGAGUUAGAAUAUUAAUUUACUCUGGUGAUUAAGAUGCCAUUGUUAGUGUUGUUGAUACUCAAUAAUCUAUUAAUAUGAUACCUGACAUUUAAGAAAUAGAAUCUUGGACUCCAUGGGGCAAUUCAGAUUUAGAUUUAGCUGGAUGGAUCACUCAAUAUAAUUAUUUAAAGUUUGUUGUUGUCAGAGGAGCUGGACAUGUAAUUUAUUUUUUAUUUAUUUAUUUUCUAGAUGGUUCCUGAAGAUCAAAGAUAAAAUGGCUUUGAAAUGUUUGAUAGUUUCAUCUAUGAUAAUGAAUUCCCUAAAUAUCAAUGAAUGGAGUAAUAUUAUUAUAUUAACAAUAUCAAAUUCAC